GGGGAUACUAGUUUAUUUUAUACAUAUCGUCCUCACCCAUAAACAAUGUUCUGUAUACAGAAUAUAUAUAUGCUUUUCAUGUUUUAAGUAAACUAAAUAGUAUCCAUUUUUAUCUCUUUUUUGUUUUAUCUCGUCUAUUAAAUAUUAGAUAAAAGAAUUUUCCAUCGAACGCUAUUAAUUACUAAAAGCUGUAUAUUUUCUAUUCGAUCUUACAUAGGCAUGUGAGAGAAGCGCCUCAAUCAGGAGUGGUACUUUAGCUUUACUUUGAAGUUAACAUAAUUUUUUUCUGAAAUUCUUCUUGUAAACAAAUUAUUUUUUCACAAGAGAAAAUCUAUGUGAAACUUCGUAAAAAAUAGUCUUUAAAAAAUAACUUACCCUGAAACAGAUAAACAGAUACCUUCUUUUCGCAAAAAAAGAUCUCUGGAAAAGUUUGCUUUCAUAUCAGUAUUUUCAGAGUUAAACUGCCUCUCCUAGCCUCGAUGUCUCAAGAUAUAGGCGAAGUAUGGGGAGAUCGACAACUCAGGACCACGAUCGGAAGGCUCCUGGAUUCAACAGAUAACGUAGAUUACAGUAGCCUUUUGAAAAUUAGUAAACAAAAAUCUGAAUAAAACGCUGAAGAAUUCGCUUGGCAAAAACGCAAAUUUCACAAGAGCGGGAUGUGAACCUCUCUGUCAGUCGAAUACCUGUAACAAAUUUAUAUUAAAUAUUUCUUUUUCUUUAAUCCAAUUCUAACACUGCACUUUGGAAACUUUGUGACACUCUGUUUAAAAAAACAAAGUGUCAUUUUACACUUUGAUUGCAAAUAUAAAGUGUCAUUUGACUUUUUGUUUCAGAUAUCUAUUAGAAACGCUGGUUCCGAACAGCAAGUGUACGAUGCAGAAGCAAAGUGUACGAAACCCUUGCUAAAUGAGAAAAACACGCUGUUUUACACACUGUUGUCAAAAGCAGUGUGUACUAAGUACACUGUGUUUACGAAAUUUACACUUUGUUUUUUAUCGAAAAAUCUGUUUGGAUAUCAAUUCGUAUCAAUAUCAGUGAAGAAUAAAAUGUAUAAUACGAGCUCUUUUGAUGAAUUUUAUUGCCGAUUAACCUUUCUUUUUCUUUUUUCUAAUAACAUUCUGUUUUCUAUGCUUUUUUCUAGAUACAUAGAUAGAUAUAGAUUGUUUGUUAAUUCAAUAUUUUCAUUACAUCAAUAAUGAAAAUCUUUAUUCUUUUUGUUUCAGAUGAGUAAAACUCAAGUAACAUUAACUGAAUUAUCUAGUAACAAUGGAGUUUCAGUGACGGAUCGUGGUUCAACUUCAGUAGAAUCAGAAUGUAGUUAA